AUAUUUUUGGUAGCGCGUUUUCCUUCCCCCCAAUUCUAAUUAGCCAAGUCUUUUCAGUUUCCUAAAACUCUUAAAAAUAAGUAUCAAUUCCUCUUCACUCUUCAGAGACAAACAAAAACAUUGAAAUCUAGGUUCAAACCAAGACUACUGGUAAUUCGUUUUGAGUCUGCAAUUUCCUUUUCAAGCAAUGUCAAGGAAACGUUUACAUAGAGUACGUGUUUCAAAUCAAGAGGAUAUACAACCAACUACGAACCAAACGUUUGAGUAUCAAAACAUAUCACCAGGUGAUGUACUCCAUACUCAAACUACUACUCAAAAUAAUCCCAACGGUCGAGCAGCAGCCCUUGCCAAUCUUUCCGAUCGUCAACGUUCUGCCCAUGCCCCUAGCCAUAAUCAUUCCAAUCAUGAGAGUGAUUUCAACUAUGAAGACGAGACUCAAGAUAAUGCAGCAGAUUCUUCCCAACAAAAAAAAAGUGCGAGGACCUACUCUACUAGCCGACAUUUGGAACAUGCCUGAAGGGGAACGCAUCCUUGUGAAAUUUAACAAUCGAUGGCAAGCGAUUAAAAGGGAAGGUCGGGUGCUUGUUAGCUUUUUAGGCACUAUGGCUAGAAACCCUCUAAUAAUACCACUUCAUAUUUCUGAUUGGAGAAACUUUACUCAGACUCAGAAAGAAAACUUUUUAAUCCUAGUGAAGAAAAAGUUCAUAAUUCCCAAGGAUGGGGAAAAAUGGGUGCUGAAAUCAUUGGGAAAGAAAUGGAAGGAUUAUAAAUGUGAACUUAAAUCUGAAAACUUUGAAAAAUAUAGAAAUAUAGAUGAGCUUAUAAAUAAUAGACCUGAGCGUAUACCAAAUGAUCAAUGGACGAUCCUCGCUUCUCAUUGGUUUUCAGAUAAAACAAAGAAACGGAGCGAUACGAAUAAAAGAAGUCGUUCAAAGCAAAAGUUGCUGCAUACAGGAGGAUCUAAAAGUAUCGCACGUCUAAUGGAUGAAAUGGCUGAAAAUGGGGAAGAGCCCUCUAGAGCAAAAGCUUUUAUAGCAACACAUAGGAAACGUAAAGAUGGACGACCAAUUGAUAUAGACUCCAUGGAGAGAGUUGAGAAAAUGACUGAAAUGUUAGAUGAAUUGCCAAACUCUAUUGAGCAAUCCCGUGGUAAUGGUGCUUGGGAGGAUGAUAUUUAUUCUAAGGUUAUGGGACCUGAGCCGUAUGGCCGAGUUCGUGGGUUAGGAUUAGGUCCUACCCCUAAAAGUUUAUGGGGGUAUUCUCAUCAAUCAGAAAUGCCUGAAGAAAACAAUACACCAACUAAUGAAAAAGUACAUCGUUUAGAAGAAGAGCUCAAAGCAAUGGAACAACGUCAUGUAGAUGAGAUAUCAACUAUGAAGGAAAGUCAAGUACGAUUAGAGUCUCAAAUUUCUCUGUUGUUAUCAUCUUUUGGAAUGAGGGUUCCUCAACAGCCUAUGACUUUUAGAUCUAAUGAAAUUCUUAAUGAACAGGUUCAAAGUACAAGUGAAACUCAUCGGCCAAUGCAUCGGCCAAUUGCUUAAUGCUUUGUUUCUACUUUUGGAGGUUACCUACUAUGAAUUGAUUUGAGGAAAAUACAUGAGAGUUCACUAAAAGAAAGACUAGUGUUUUUAGUUUAGCUUUUUUUAAUUGUUCAAGUUCUAUAUUGAUAUUAUAGUAUUGGUUCAUUGUUAGUCUUUUUUUUUUGAAAUACUGGUUAUGAAUAUUUUGUAAUUUUUAUUCAAAAAUGCCUAUAUAAAAUAUUAAUUUAGAUGUUAA